CCUCGACCCUGAAACACUGUUGGUAUGUUGUCCAGCAAACAACACUCUGUUGUCACAGCACUGCUAAAACCUUGCAAUGUGCAGUUUUUCAGCUUUUCUAUCUUAAAUAUGUUGCUAGUGUUCAUUGUGUAUGUCCUUUCAUAAUAACUAAUGAUUAUCUUGCUUUAAAGUACAAUGCUGUAGGUUUCAUCAUUUGGUCUGAUUAUGCCUAUAGACAGCAGAUACAGUAGCAUCAACUGACAUCUUGCACUUCAUAAAAAGUAAACUUUAAAUAUAAUCAAUUACCUGUAACAUGGUAUUUCUUUUAGACUUUAAAUGCUGGACUUGUGCAAUUGGGAAAGUCAGAACUGAAGCUAGUUAUAAAAAAUACUGCCAACUUUCUCACGGCUAUACAGGAUAUCUCUCACCAUGAACGCCUGCGGAAGGGAAUUAUUUAUUUCCUAGGAUGGCAAAGUCAUGACCGGCCCUACCCCACCUCUGAUUGGCUGAGGCUGAGGUCAGGCUCCGUUCAUUUGCUCAACAAAGACAGAUGAUAUAGAAUCUCCCUUCUUACAUCAAACAUAUGUCUCAGAUGUUGGAUUCGAGAUGUCUAAUAAGUAAAUUAAAAGUGGAAGUGUACUAGACAAUUAAGUCUACACAGAACACUUCACUAACCUUCAUAUUGUGGUCAAUUCUAGUACCAAACUUAACAUCUGCACAGUGAAGGUCAAACAUCUGAGUGAAGUAACAAGCUAAAGGUCCAAAAUGCUUUAUAACCACCUGAAAUAGUAGGCAUAUUUACCUAUACUGUUUCAUUGAUAUACUGUGUUAGUAUUGUAGAUACAACAUGUAUACAUUUUGAAACUUUUCAAAUUUGGAAUCAAUGAACUGUGUUUUUCGCCAGUAAGCCAGGGAAUGUCCCGGGGACUAUGUAGAGGCUGAAAUUGAUUUCUCUGAUUGAAAAGAGGGGACAUAACACUGGGACUUUCCCAAUAUGUUACCCCUAAUGUGUCGGUAUGAGACUGGUGGAAUCAAUCCAAGUUUUAGGUCAGAAGGGAAAAGUUCAGCAUCAAAUUAGAAAAAACAUCAGAGCUGAGCUGGUGGGUUGAAUCUUGUUAAGACAAAUUAAGCCAGAUCCUCCCACUUUUUAUAAAUAGUUUGUGUUAACAAGCAUGUUCAUCACACAGGGGCAUUUAAAGGUAUUUAGACUUGGACGCUGAGUGAAAAAGCCAUCCAGCAGUUGGCAAGCACACUAAUCCAUAGAUUAAAAUAUAGAUAGAUAAAUGGGAUAAAAUAAAGUGCAUGAGAACUUAAUUACACCCAGAUAGGAGCAGAAGGGAUAUGAUGACCCAUUGAUGACUUCGCUACAGAAGAAUGCAUUGAUCGUUCGAGCCCUGAGAGAACAAAAUGGACUACUGUUUUCUCUCUGUUUCUACAUAGGAAGCAAAUACACUGAAUGGUCUUAGUCUGGAACAUAGUCUUGGCAUUUCCCCCCACACCUGCUGUACACACCAACAUUAGCCUUCAAACGUAUGUGUAGUGAGGUAUCAUUUCUGCUGAUUACGGCAUGCACUGUUUCUGUUUGCAAAAAGAAAGUCUAAAAAAAGUGAGGUCAACAUCUCUGUUACAAAUGCUACCAGCCCCAUCACUGGAUGGAUAUCCUCGUGGAUUCAUCUUCCUAUUAUACACACAUGCAUUUCCAAACAUUUAUAUAAAUAAACAUUGAUUGAUUGAUUGAUUGACUGUGAGGCCAUGAUCUAAAUGCCUCAGUGAAGCUGUGCGUAUUGAUCAGCUCGUGUCAGAAUGAUGUUGGCAACCUUCCCUCAACAACUCGGUUGCUUCCACUUUGUUUCUGGCAACACAGAGGCAGAAGCGGGUCACCGAGGUUUAGGCUAUGAACAGGGACUCAUUUGGAGGGUGCUAACGAUUUAAAAAAACUUUUUGGUGACCGUGUUAGGGCUGUAUGACCCGAGGAGAUUUAAGUCACCACCGGCAGUCUGUCCACGCCUCUGCAAGGUAAAUUGGGACACCAAAUGAUCAGAUGUUGUCGUUGGGUUAUAUAACGACACAGCUGAGGGGAAUGGUUUUAUCUUGACAAAACUGGGAAGCUGACCAGCCGAGGUGACAUAUCACUGGAUGUACCAGCUUUCUCCUUCUGCUCUAUCUUUUUGUGCAAAUAUGUAGCAUUAACGCUUUUUAUUUUUGACGUUUUUUUACAAUUUAAUUUUUCAAAUUGAGAGUGAAAUGGCAGAGUGAAGAUGGGGGACUGGAACUUCCUCGGGGGGAUUUUGGAGGAGGUGCAUAUCCAUUCCACUAUGGUGGGCAAGAUCUGGCUCACCAUCCUGUUCAUCUUCCGCAUGCUGGUCCUCGGCGUGGCAGCAGAGGACGUGUGGAACGACGAGCAGGCGGACUUCAUAUGCAACACUGAGCAGCCGGGGUGCAGGAACGUGUGCUACGACCACGCUUUCCCAAUAUCCCUCAUCCGCUACUGGGUGCUGCAGGUCAUUUUUGUGUCUUCUCCCUCGCUGGUUUACAUGGGCCACGCUCUCUACAGGCUGCGGGCACUGGAGAAGGCCCCAGAAGAAGAAGGCUCUGCUGAGGAAGGAGCUGGAGUGGGUGGAUGUGGAGUUGCCAGAAGCCAGGAGAGGAUUGAGCGGGAAAUGAAGCAGCUUGAUCAGGGGAAGCUGAACAAAGCUCCACUAAGAGGCUCUCUGCUGCGCACCUACGUGGCUCACGUUGUCACCCGCUCUGUGGUCGAGGUGGCCUUCAUGACCGGACAGUACCUCCUCUAUGGCUUCCACCUCUACGCGCUCUUCAAGUGUGAGCGGGAUCCGUGUCCCAACGCUGUGGACUGCUAUGUUUCCAGACCCACAGAGAAGAGUGUCUUCAUGGUGUUCAUGCAGUGCAUCGCUGCCAUCUCCCUCUUCCUUAACAUCCUGGAGAUCACGCAUCUGGGUUACAAGAAGUUAAAAAAGGGCAUCUUGGACUUCUACCCUCACUUUAGAGACGAGAAGUUUGAACUUGAUGACUUCUACGCCAACAGGUGUAAAAAAGAAUCCGUUGUGCAGAUGUGCAGCAGUGCUCCACGGAGAGCAACCGUUGCCUCUGCACCCUGUGACUACAACCUCCUGAUGGAGAGGAUGCAGGGCACUAUGUACCCAAACCUUAUCAAACCUUCAACUUUUCUGUCUCCUCAGGGUGAGCAGAAGGAUUUGGGUGAGUCCAGAUGUUUAGCUCAUAGCAUCCCACAUAGUAACGGCACUAACGACCCCCUCAUUAAUCCAAAGCAGGAGGCUGAGGACUUGUUGCAUCUUCAGAGUAAAGAGGAUGGGGGCAGCGAAAGAGGCAGCCCGGACUCUCCAAAGAGCCCCAAGAGGGCAGCAGACCCUUCCUCCUUCCCCACGCUGCCAGUGAGUGCAGCGAGGAGGCCGUGGAGGGGUCAAGGGUCCUUGAAAUGCUCCACAGUGUUGGAGGGUAGAAGCUCUGACUCUGAUUCAUAUGGGGGGGAAAGAGCCAGCAAAGGACCUCCCUCCACUCAGAAAUCAGACGGCAAACAUCAGAGCCGGCCCUCCAGCCCUGAGUCUCUGUCUGACUACAGCUCAGGGUCCAGGCACAACCCCAGACGCCCUUCCUCCAACUGCAAAACAUCCGUGGCAAGCAAUGCAAGCAGCAGACGGGAAGAUCUGCAGAUCUAAACUCCAAAUGUUACAGGUGUAUAGAUGCCACCGUCAUAUCUACAUUAACAGCACUCAUAAUACUACACUAGCUGCCUCAUAACUGGUGAGAGUUUGCUCAUAUUUUGUUUUUGUUCUUAAUAUUAAGUAUAAUAUUGUGGCAUGCUUUAAACCCCUGUGAUUUAGCUAAUGGAAAUGACAUGUAAACUGGCUUUUGUUGACAUAUUACAAUA